AUGGGCUUAGAGCGCAGCGUCCAAUCAGCGGCCAGAGCGUCUGUCACCAAACACUGCAAGAACAGACUGCAACAGGCUGUCGGGACUGCCAAAAAGAUCCUUGGUGCCAACCUGCCCUUCAUCCAGGACUUAUGCACAUCACACCCUGAACUUCACCUGUUCCAGGUCCUACACUCUGCUGGGCACGACAGAAAAACAACCAGACACAGGUUUUGCCAUAAACGGCAUCAGCUGGAUGGUUAUGAACAACAGCCUCCUACGAAGAAAUGUCUGGACAGCGUCGCAACUGUGCUGGGCAGACCACACAACGCAGCUACACAACACACUUGGCUCGAGAGAAGCUGCGGUCAUGCCUGCACACGUGGAGCAUUUCCAAACGGGGAGACCAGACACCCGAACGACUUCACGAGCCUCUGCGUGCAGACGUCGUCCUGGGCUGACACACAGCGCGCCGUGAAGAAAGUCUUAGAGCAUCUCAAACUCAACGCAGGCCCCGACGACUUCCUCCUCAGCGACUCGGCGAACGACAAGUUCCUGGGCUUCCACCGGGACAUCAGCGACGAGUGCGGCGAAGACGACAGGCAGCACUCGUGGGCGGUCAUCGAGAAACCGGAGGAGGUCAUCAUGUACGGGCCUUAUUAUCCUAACUACAACAGCGGAGAGCACAGCGAGGACGUCAUCAUUAGGCAAACUCAGGAGCUCCUGGAGGCUGGAGGUGCCGGUGGGGUCUGCAAGGUGUACGUUUUCACCAUGAACAGCCCGUGUUUGGCGAGGAACACGCACCCGUGCAUGCUCAACCUGGUUCACAAGGCUCAUGAGUGGUGGAGAGUGUUUGGAGCUACGACUCACAUUGGUUAUGCGAGAUCUUGGGGCUUCAAAGGAAGCAAAGAAACACUUUUCAGGGAUGUGAACUACACACAGUUGCUGUGUAUUAGUAAAAGCCUGGACUACGAGAGCUAUGUCAAAGCAGCUGAAGAGAGCACUGAUUUUAAUACUUUGUGUGAAACCGUGUUUUGCGCUGCUAAGCGUCUCUUGAGACAGGGAGACGUCCCUUUCAGUGUGCAGAAGCAGGACUGGAAGAGCCACUUCAAACGUGUGCACACCGCUUUCGAAAGCAGGCCUGAGGACGAGAAAGAGGCCCUGACGCAGGAAGUGAGCGCCGCCAUCGAGGCCGCGGAGGUUCUGCUUUCGGGAAAACCCGAAAACUACGAGGAACAUUUGGAAAGCGGACGGGCGUUCGCACGCACCCUCGGCUCGCGAGCGUGCGACGGAGACCAGGAUCAGAUCAGGCUCACGUUCCAGCAGUGCUGGACGGAGAUGGUGCAGGACAAGUAUGCAGAGUUCGUCAGGGAGAAACUGAACGAAGACUUCAACCAGUGCACCGUCCGGCUGUUUAUCAGUGAUAUUCACGAGUUCACUGAGGAGUAUCUGCAAAUUGGGAAGGUGCAGUUCCCAGAAAAAGAUGAAAAAACACAGUGACACAAAGACAGUCUGUGUAAGACGUGUUUUGAUGUUUUGUCCUGUGUUUGAAAGAAACUGAAAGACACCACCAUUAUAUAUUAUUCACAUUACGACAGAAUGUCUUUAUUAGUCUUUACCUGCAAUACAUCACAAUUAUACUGGAGUGGACUUUUUACAUAUAAGCUCGUAUAGUUGUUGGUGUUUUUGUAAUUACACGUGGCGGUUUUCCACAUUUACAUUGCUACCAUACUGUACAGCUUAACAAACAGCCCUCACACAAUAGAUGAAAAUUACAUGAUAAUGUUGUUGGGAGUCGGGGCUUUAAUAAUAAAUACUAGAAGGAUUUUUUUUUAAUGUUUUUUUUUUCUUUAAAAUAAGUCUAGUGGAUGUAUGUCAGCAGCACGCGCUUGUGUCAGCAGAGGGCGCCAAACUCCAUCCACGUCACAUUCGUCAAGCGCAACACUCGUGCUGCGUAGGUAGUUUAUCAUGUGUUAUACAAUGUAAGAGAUUGAAAUACUGACACGUAUGUUUUCAUGCAUGAUAUGAAAUCUAAAUGCAAACAGUUAAACGGAUCCAGAGACAACGGGGAGCCGCUGUCGCUGCAGCAACCAGAAGAUUGUGUUCACCUUUCUGUGUAGAGGGGUCACGUGUGUCUUGUUGCAGAGAGUUUACUAUUAAUGUUUAUGGUUAAUUUUUAGAAUAAGAUUCGCUGUAAAAUUAAUACUUUUUUUUUUUUUUUCCCCCUUUGUCGCAGCAGGAAAAAUGCAGAUGAAAUUAAGGAGAGACACCAGGUCAGUUUGUGAGAUUUUGGGCGAUUCUACAUCAGUGACAUGACUUCUAUCGGAGUAAUGGUAAAGAGAGCAUGCAGAAUGCAGGCGGUGUUUAUUUUAAUGCAGUUUGUCCAUAGGAUAAUACCUCGUUUAGAUAUUUAAACAUUAAAUGUCAAGAGUUGCAAUACAUAGAAUUAUACAGGAAUGUAAAUCAUCAGCUGAUCUCUAUUAGUCUCAAGUAGCUAUUUUUUAUGCCUGAAUUUAAGCUUAAUUUGGCUAAAAACUUUAUACUCCUACCAUAAAUGUCUAUUUCAGUAUUUCAGCUCCUGACAGUUUUGUGACACUGGUAGAGUGAUAAAAAAAUAUGAAAAUAAUCAUUUUAAAAAAUCCAAUGUUCAUAUUUCUGUUAAGUUAAUGUUUGCAAAUUAGCACAUAUUUGAACCAGAAAAUACCUCAAACUUAUUUGUCUUGAGAUAAUAAUGUAAUAAUAAUAUAAUUAUUCAACAGGGGGUGUUGAAUUGUUAUAUUUUUCCCUUACUGACCUGUGAUGUCUCACCUUAAUAACACAACAACACUGAAAGAGUCGCUUUCCAUCCAUGGUGACUCCAGCUGGCAAUAAAAAUAGGAUCACGGUUGAAUUAUAAAUAAAUCGAAAUUGGUUAAAUCCCAAAUAGUUUGCAACAAUCAGGGGACUGAAAUAAUUUUAAUAAAAAACUAUACCAGAAGCGUUCAAUAGCAACGAUGUGCCAGUUCCUCUGGAUUAAAGAAAUAUCUCAUGGAGGGAUAUAACUAGGUUUUUAAGAGCACAAAAAAAAACUUUUAUUUUUUUAUGUGUUGUUAAGUGGAUGCUGCUGUAUCUUUAAAUUAAACGUAUAUUUAAUUUUUUAUGUGAA